GCUUAAACUACUCGAAAUGGCGCAACUCGGUUUAAUUAAUGUCCAGCUGCUGACAAUUGUUUCCGUCAGCAGCUUUCAAGUGAUGUUUGAUUCGGUAAAUUUUUUCAACAGUAGCGGCCUGAUGGAACUGAACGCUAGGGUACGCAAGAUCAAUCGAACUACGGCUGCCCUAUCUGGUAAUUUCGUGCAGAAUGUGGACAUGGACACUAAUUUUAAUGGUUUGAUCGAGCUGCACCACAGCCCAUUGGGCAACAACCAGUUCAAUCGCUACCCGAUGAAACUUGGCCCCAUAAAUUUGUGCGCAUUUCUGGAUACCCACUGGUCCGAUUACUACAAGUACAUUGUAAUAUACAUUCCGAACGUUCCGAAGCAGGGCGAGUGCCCAAUGACGGCCAGGACAUAUCCCAUCAACGAUUGGAUCAUGGACGCGGAAAUGUUUCCACCGUACGUCCCAACCGGGCUGUGGAAAAUGAUUUGGACGGUUUGGGACAACAGUACCGGCCAUAAUUUGAUAAUGGAAAUUAUUUUUAAAGUGUACGAUAAUGGGUAUUUUUAA